AUGUCAUCGGAUCAGCAUUUAAGCGAAUUACCUUCAUGGAUUAAUUUCUAUAAUGAAUUCGAAAAAGGAACCACAGAAGAAUGUGGAAGUGGAAGCACCAGUGGCAGUGUAGAUAAAAUAGGGCAAAAGGUAAAUAUCGUUCUGAAUACAUUUCGCGGUGGAGAAUUUCCUAUUAUUAAGGACUACCUUAAUGGAAUUAUAAAGGGAGUGUGUUAUGUGGACGACAUGUAUAAGGAAAAUAAGGAUCCGUUCAAUAAUAAACGCUGUUGGUUUCUAUACUUUUGGAUAGGGCACAAAUUAUAUAAGCACCCUAUAGAAGCCCAAAUCAAGAGCAACCUAAAUGCUAUUUGUACAUAUAUAAAACAAGAAUAUGCGAAACAUGGAUGUAAUCUCAUUUGCACUCAUAAUCUUGAAAAGGAACCUUUCACUAAUAGGAAAACACUAUUCGAAUUCCUGUACGAUUACACUGCUUUACGAACACUCUUAUGGAAUAUUAAGUCCGUGGACGUUGAUAAGUGUAAAAAGUACUUGGACGGAGCCCGUGCAGCAUAUGAAGCUGUGAAGAGAAAUUGUACAACCCCCAUUAGCGAUUCUUACUGUACGCAAUUUUGGAAUGAACAUAAGGACGCCAUUGAUAAGGAACUAACAGACUUAAAAAAUGCACAAGAAAAUAUAGCGCAGAGAGAACAGCUCGCAGAACGAAAAGCACAAUCCAUAUCAUCCCAAUUAAGCAACGCCACCGAUCAAGCAAAUAAAGCUUCUUCUCUUUCUUCUGCUUUUGGUACCAUAGCAGCAAUAGAAUUACCAGCGAUUCUUCUCCUUUUAUACAAGUAUAAACCAUGGUCUUCUUGGUUUGGGAAGCACUCUUCUGGAAAUGGAAGGAGCGAAAGAACCAACAGGAGAAGAAGAUCAGCAGGGCCUGACUUUGACACAUUAACGGAAGCUUCAACAGUGGAUUUCACAACAAGUUCAGAAACAGGUUCCAUAAUAGACGAUUCUACCGUUCGUCCUGUCGCCUACAUAGGACAACCCAAAGGAAGAAACAAUAAUGCGGGGCGUCACGGAAUGGUAGGUUAUCAGAACAUGUAG